UGUUGUUUAACCCCUCGUCUCCUCCCCCUUUUCUAGAUCUCGUCGUCUGCUUCUUUCUCGUCUUGCGCAGUUUUGUUCCUCGCUUCUUGCCUCCCCAUGUGACCCAAGACCGCGUCGGUGUUCUUUGCUCUCUUGGCUGCUCGCUUUUGCUAGGUCGCAGAGUGGAGGGAGAUGGGCGUUUUCAGCACUGUGCUGGGUUUCUUCGGGUUUGGGGUGGGAGUCACCAUCGGGCUUGUGAUUGGGUACUUCCUCUUCAUCUACUUCCAGCCCACUGAUGUGAAGCACCCUUUAAUCAGGCCAAUUGUUGAGCUUGAUACAAAAUCAUUGGAAAGCAUGCUUCCCGAGAUACCUCAUUGGGUGAAAAAUCCAGACUUUGAUCGGAUCGACUGGCUAACCAAAUUUGUUGAGCAUAUGUGGCCUUAUCUUGACAAGGCCGUAUGUAAAACUGCAAAGGAAAUCGCUAAACCAAUUAUUGCUGAGAAUACUGCAAAAUACAAGAUUGAUUCAGUUGAAUUUGAGACGUUAACAUUAGGUUCACUACCACCAGUGUUUCAAGGGAUGAAGGUCUACACCACAGACGAACAGGAACUCAUAAUGGAGCCUUCAAUAAAGUGGGCUGGAAAUCCUAACAUCACCAUUAUAGUCAAAGCCUUUGGGAUAAAAGCAUCUGUACAGGUAAUUGAUUUGCAAGUUUCUGCCCUGCCGCGCAUAACAUUGAAGCCAUUGGUCCCUAGCUUUCCUUGUUUUGCUAAAAUACUGUUCUCACUGAUGGAGAAGCCACAUGUUGACUUUGGUCUGAAACUCUUGGGAGCAGAUGUCAUGGCAAUUCCAGGACUUUAUGCAUUUGUUCAGGACAUGAUCAAGACUCAGAUAGCCAAUAUGUACUUGUGGCCCAAAGUACUUGAGGUGCCAAUUAUGGAUCCUGCGAAAGCACAAAAGAAGCCCGUUGGAAUUCUGCAUGUUAAUGUUGUGCGAGCUGUUAAACUUAUGAAGAAAGAUUUGAUGGGAAAAUCAGAUCCAUAUGUGAAGGUAAAGCUAACAGAGGAGAAACUCCCUUCGAAGAAAACUUCAGUUAAGAGAAGCAACCUGAACCCUGAAUGGAAUGAGGAGUUCAAAUUAGUUGUCAAAGAUCCAGAAUCUCAGGCUCUCGAGCUUACCGUUUUUGAUUGGGAGCAGGUAAUGGCUAAUGCUUCCAUAUUUGGUACCUUUGAUGUUUACCCUGGUUAUAUUUUUAACCUAUAUCUUCCUUCUCAGGUUGGAAAGCAUGACAAGAUGGGAAUGAAUGUUAUCCCAUUGAAAGACAUGAUUCCUGAUGAGACAAAAUCAGUUACGCUUAACUUGCUCAAGUCCAUGGAUUCAAAUGAUCCUGUAAAUGAGAAGUUCCGAGGACAGCUCACUGUUGAACUGACAUAUAAUCCUUUCAAGGAGGGUGAUGCUGAUCUUGAUACAUGUGAUGAGUCUGGUACAAUUGAAAAAGCUCCUGAUGGCACGCCAGAAGGUGGUGGUUUGCUUGUAGUUAUUGUCCAUGAAGCACAGGACGUUGAAGGAAAGCAUCACACUAAUCCAUAUGCAAGAAUCGUCUUUAUGGGUGAGGAAAGGAAGACUAAGCAUAUUAAGAAAAACCGAGAUCCACGUUGGGAAGAAGAAUUUCAGUUUGUUUGUGAGGAACCACCCACAAAUGAUAAGAUGCAGAUUGAAGUUAUGAGCAGGCCACCAAGUAUUGGUAUACAUUCCAAGGAAAACCUUGGCUAUGUUGUCAUCAGUCUGGCUGAUGUUAUAAGCAACAAGAGGAUCAAUGAGAAAUACCAUUUAAUCGACUCGAAGAAUGGACGCAUCCAAUUGGAAUUGCAGUGGAGAACAUCAUGAAAGAUCACACAAGUUUCUCUUGUUUAGACGCUCCACAUUUGUAUGGACUUAGCGUCUGCCGAAACCUUGAUAUUUCUACCAUUGUUUGAAACCUCAUAGUUUCUGCAGUUCUAUAACACACGAUUCUGAAGAUCAUAUCCUGGACUACAAACAAAUGAGAUCAUUUAUUGGAGCAAGGUGAUGUGAAACCUUGAUCUUCGUAUGACUGUCAAUGCUUUAUUAGGAAGUUCACUUAUAUAUAGUAUGAGCAUGCUAAAAUAUUCGAAUGGUUCA